UAAAUCUGACAAGUAUCCCAUUUUCGAGCUAUGAAUCAUGCGCAAGAGCACCAGAACUUAGGAGAUGUGUGUGACCGACAUUAGCGGGAGAGCUCUGCUCGCAAAAAUCCGACCCGCGUUGGGCCACCAAACCCUCGGGUUCUCGGGCUCUGACCACGGGAUGAUGCGGGGGGGGUAGAAAUCACGGCGAGGAUAAAGGCCGGGCAGCUAUCGGGGAGCGCUCCGGAGAUGCUAACGACAAAGGAUCUAUCUUCGCUUAAAUGGUCGCCAUCAGCGUCAUUAUUACGGGCAAAGUUAGCGCUGAAGGGCCACUUCCUGAGCGCCGCGGGUGCGGAGCGUGGCAGCCCGUAGCCCCGCAGCGGCACGGAACGGAGCGAUGAGCUCACGGAGCCACAGAGGCCAAACCCCAGAGCGAUUCAAGCAGGAUCUGAUCAAGCUGAGGACGAGAGCUUUGCUCCUCACUUCUCGUCUCUCUUUCUUUCCACCUGGAUAUAUUUGUCUGCUCAGAAGCCGCCUUCAUUAUCCACUGACAGGAGCUUGUAUUUAUUUGCUUAUAAACCUGUUACAAUAAAUGAUUAUUCGAACAGCGUCAUUCGUACCUUAAUGACGAGCGCUACUUUUUGAUGAAUGACAUUUCGGGCUAGAAAGGAUGUAUGGGUCAUUUUGACCAGUCAUUCCCUCGCUUUGGCAUCCCACAGUUUUUACGCCUCCCUCAAAAAGAGAUAAUAAUAUUUAGAGACACUCUCCGGGCUGAAUGUGAAUUAGCCCCUGCCGCAGCUCAUCAUUAGUACAGGACCAGCCCUGCAACUUUGACAUUUUUUAUAAAGCUGAGAUGAUGGAAAGAAUAAGAAAAGAGAUGAUCCUGAUGGAGAGAGGGCUGCACAGCCCUACGGCUGGCAAAAGGCUCUCGAAUUUGUCAGACUCAGCUGGAAAUGCGGUGCUGGAGGCCCUCGAAAAUUCGCAGCACAGUGGUCGCCUCAGCCCGAGACUAACUUCCUCCUCCCUGCACGGCGCGAUAGGGGACAUCUCCGCCAAAGGCAAAUUCGAAAUAGACACUUUGUUCAACCUGCAACAUCCGAGCGGCGAAAGCACCGUCUCGUCCGAAAUCCCGCCGUCGGAAAGCAGGAAGAAAAUCAGCCUUUAUCCCGAAGUGGCUCAAGAGGCAGAGAUGAACAGCGACGUGGAGGUGGGCUGCUCGGCUCUGCGCUCCCCGGCCAGCCUGCCUUCCUCCCAGCUCAAGGAGAACAACACCAAAGGUAACUCGCCGCUCUCGCCUCCAGCGAGCCCCGCGCUUCGCCGCCCGCGUUUCCAGAGCCCGGCGACGCCGCCGCCACCGCCAAAGUUGCAGCCCUCUGCCCACGGCGCUCUCUCUUCCGCGGAGGCAACGCCGGGGCUGUAAAAUAUUAUGGGGCUCGCCGCGCUGUUCCCAUAGCCGGGACGCGGCUCGGCCGCGUGUGUGCGUGCCCAAAGCCACCGCCGUGGGGGGAUGCGGCCGGGAUGCAUGUGGGCACCGUCACCCACCCACUCACUCACCCGGAGCUAGGGAAACCCUUCUCCUUAUUUUUUCCCCGACCUCCUGGAGCUCGGCGCGUCUCUCGAGCUGUAUAUAUAUGUGUGUGGAUGUGUAUGUAGCUACACAUACAUAUAUUAAAUUAGUGAGACAGAGAAGUGUGAGGAAACGGUCCUUAUUUGUCUGCGUUUGCCCUUCUCUGUGUACACGCAGCCUGCCAUUCCGUGGCCAUUUAAGAGUAAUUGGGCAUUGUUCACCGUUCCUCUGUUUAUAGCAGAGGCUCAGAGGCAGCCCCGUCUGUCUCCGCUUUGCGGGGCGCGGUGACGGACGGUGGUUGUUAUUAUCGCAGUAAUUGGGGAGGGGGAGCCAGGUGAGCGUGGAUCUCCUAGGGGCACGGUGCAUGCCUUUUUCGUCGAAUGUGCCAAAGAAAGCAAGGCAGCCUCGACGGAACGCGCGAGAAAAAUCGCCUUUAAGGCUGCUCGGCUUUGCUUCACCCCUAACGGGUUCGAGCCCUUCCCGAGGCACGGUGGUUGCAGCCACCGCACA